GUUGUGACAGUUUUCCAGCGGUUUUUGGCUGUUCAGCAGCUGCUCGGUUUCUCGGUGAAAACUCAAUGAUUUCCUGAGAAAAUGGGCUUUCUCACGGUACUGAAGAAGAUGCGACAGAAGGAGAAGGAGAUGCGAAUACUUCUGCUAGGACUGGACAAUGCCGGAAAGACCACAAUUCUCAAGAGAUUCAACGGGGAGCCAAUCGACACGAUAUCCCCAACUCUGGGCUUCAACAUCAAGACACUGGAGCACAAUGGCUACACCCUUAACAUGUGGGACGUGGGUGGGCAGAAGAGCCUCCGAUCGUAUUGGCGGAACUACUUCGAGUGCACGGACGGACUUGUGUGGGUGGUGGACAGCGCCGACCGGAUGCGCCUGGAGACGUGUCGUGAGGAAUUGAAUGUGCUUCUCACUGAGGAGCGUCUCGCAGGCGCCACGUUGUUGGUUCUCGCGAACAAGCAAGAUCUUCCCGGAGCUCUCUCUGCGCAGGAAAUCAAGGAGAUCCUCCAGCUGGACAGCAUCGUGACGCAUCACUGGAGUGUGGUCGGCGUGAGCGCUGUAACGGGUGAUAAACUCCUGGGAGCUGUCGAUUGGCUGAUCGGAGACAUUGCGAAGCGAAUAUUCACGCUGGAGUAAAAUCGCUCUUGCUU